UAUGUGCACACGGUUUGGUUCUAGCAAACAAAACACAUCUCUUUUUCAUUCAUUUCGGACGAAAACUGAUUGGUUUAAAGGUUACAAAUCUUCACAUUUGUGUGCGAAAGCAUUAAGGCGAGGAACAAAGUUAGUAGUGCACAUAUUAACAGCAAAAUCAACGGCCCGAAUUGUAGUUGAAAGGGAAAAAAAUCAACGAAAAAUUAGUUCCAACAAAAACAUUAAGACAUUCACGAUUUAAGACGACGACGUCAAGAAAAAAAGACAAGAAAUUCAUCUACACCACUCAAAUCACAAUCGUACAGAAUACGAUGGUAAUCCAUUUUUUUUUCUAAAAAAUUCGAAAUUACCUUAAUCGAUAGAGUCAAGUGAAUCGUUUGUGUUUGUGCAGUAAAACGACACACAUUUGAAGAAAGAAGAAAAAAAAACAAUUAUUCAGUCAUUCGAGUGAGACAAGAUGUAUUGUAUUUAGUUAGCAACAAAAACAAUAGUGUGUGCUGUGAUUUGUGGUGAGGUGAUUCUAAUUACGGUGUGUAAUUUUUCUAAUACAAAUUAUUUUAUCGUAUACGAGUGUUAAGUCAUGAGAUUUUUUUAAUGAUCGGCGACCGUUUAAAAUUACAAACAAGGUACAGCGUUCGAUAUCAACAGUUUUAUGAAAACACACGCAAGUUUUGUCGAACAUUUUAUCAUGUAAAUUUGGACGGAGAUUCAUUCUCCGUUCAUUUACAAAACCAAAAAAUCCAAUUUAAAAUAGAACAAAUAGUGCAACAUACAAGAAAAUGAAUAGGAAAAAAGUAAACGGCACAAAACCGAAUGUUGAAUCGUCAUCGGUAUGCAAAGGAGCCUACGAUGAAUGUGGUGAAAGUAACAGUACCGACUCUUUUGAUAUGAAUGAUUUUAAAUCAGCGGCACUAACAAAAAAAUACAGUGUUCAAAUUCACAAAAAUAAUGCCGAUCUAAUGGCCGAACUCGACAACAUCAACAUCAUGGGCGAUGAAUCCGAUGUUGAAAUGAUUGAACCGAAUACAAGCAAACUAAAUGGCGCGAACAACAGUGUUUCACACAGUUCAUCGAAUGUCAUCAGUUUGAACACAACGCAUGCAAGUGACGAUCCAGUUAACGGUGAUUUUGAGCAUACCAAACACGACCGCAUAUUAGCCUGGGCACAAAGUCAGUCGCAAAAUUUGUCAACGUGCAUUGAAUCGGUUCUUUCAGAUCACGAUUAUCUGUCGCAAGAGCGAUUACUUGGCAUUAUUGCGGGCAUUGAAGAAAAUACCGAAUUGGAAAGUCAACGUGAAACGAAUUCCAAUAAGUCCAAAGAACAAAGCGAAAAUGAAAAAUCAAAAGAUCAUGGUGAAUUGAAUGGUGGUGAUUUGGUGCACACAAAAACUAGCAAAAUAUUAACCUCAAAAAAUAUCGACGAUUUGAGUGAGAUAUUGAAACAAUUGGCGAAUUGCAAAGAGCACGCACAACGUUUAUCGUUGGUCGAGAAAAUCGAAAAAAGUGCAAAAGACAUGAAGGCCCAACUCAACCAGAACAAUGGCAAUACAACUGGAAAUAAUUCUGUUGCAAAUGCCAACGACAUUACAAGUCUCGAGUUCUCAUCAAAUCAUUCCAAACCAAUGGAAUAUGCGGGCGGCGUAAAUUGUUCUGCACAGAGUAGCAUCGAUGGACCUAAAGAUGGCGAAGUUAAAUGUUGUGAUUUGGUGGCAGAAUUGCAAACUGAAUUGAAGUCAAUUGACGAUAUGGCCAAUCGAAUUGCCACUGAUACCGCAUCGAUUCGAAGUAAAUUGGGGGAUAUUGAAAAGCAACCGCAGGCUGAGAAGUCUAUUUCAAAAUUGCGUGUAAAUUUAUCGCUUUUAGUUGAGGAUGUGUCAAAAGAGCUAAAAAAAGUCGCAAUAAAACUCAAUCCUACAAUGGCUUCUGUUGAAAGUAAACGUGAAAAUAAAUCGGAAAACCGUUCGUUGAGUCAUUCAACAGAUGAAGACAGUGAUAUCUCCAAGUCACGACGAAAAAUUCCGAAAUUGAAACGUCGACGUAAAAAACCAAAAGGUAACACAUCCGAUUCGACCGCCUUGAGUUCAAGCUCGGAAGAUUCAUUUCCUGUUGCCAAAAACGAUACAAUGGACGAACCAUUUGUCGUCACACAAAACAUAGACGAUCUCAUAAAUCAAAACGGUAGCAACAGUGCCAACGGAUCUAUUCGGAAGGAAAAUGAUUUUCUUGGUUUUGACAAUGUCGACUUUGAAAACGGCAUCAAGAACGAAGAGCAGUUGAGUGAAUCGAUAUCGUCGCAACAGCAAUUGAGUGACAAAGAUCAAAAUAAAAUGGACACAUCGAAUGAACUGAGUGAACAGGACACACAAAUUAUCAACCAAAAAGCAACGGAAAGUGAACAGUCAAAUAAUAGUGCACUAACGAAAAAGAGCACGGAUGUAGAAGACAUUUCGUCGGAUGCGUUUAUCCUGAGUGAUGAUUUCAUCGAAGAAGACCAUGGCGACGAUGAUGAUGACGACAUUCGAAAGCUUUUGGAUUUCACAUCAAUUGAAAACAAGCGAAUUGCAUCAACAAAUGCUGCGGCAAAAGUUAACGGAAUAGUUGUGCCGAAGAAAUUGGAGCCAAAGACAAAGGCAUCAAAAGAAAAUGCAGUUGAAAACUUUUUGGCAAACUCAACGGACACUGACAAACCGAUUGAAAGUGAUGAUGAAAAGUCGGAACAUGAAGAAUACACGGACGAACACUAUUUGAAAGAACAAAAUCAGAUGUUCAAAGAUCAACUAUUGCAAGACUCAAGCGAUUCGGAAAUGAAUUCGGACUCCGAUCAAAGGGUUAAUGGAAAAGGUAUUUAUUCCGAAACAGAAGAUUCUGAUCGAUCGUCUGACUCGAACCAGUCGAUUAUGGAAAAAUUCCUGGCAUCUGAAUCGAAAGGUAGUGGCCAAAAGUCCACGAAAGAUAAAGAAGGAAAAUCGAAAGCAGGUAAAGUUUCGAGCGACAACGAAAAGAAAUCAGAGCCAAAAACCAAAGAUGCAGAAAUUGAGAAAAACAUUGACCAUUUUAUUGAAGAGCUGGACAGCGACAUCGAAUUCGAUGCAAGUGAAUCGGAAAGUGUGUCAGAAGCACCGAGAAAAACCCAGUCAACGAUAGGUAAACAUAUUUUUGCCAAUAUUGAAAAGGACAAACAGAUUUUGAUUCCAAGCGAUGAAGAAAAUGAAAGCAGUAAGAAGAAAGACAGUCAGACACAAAAAAGCGAAGCUGAUUCAAGUGAAAAAGAUUCGAGUGAGAUUCUUGACACAACUAUGUUUAAGUCAAGCAAAAGCAACUUAACCGCAACUCAAUUGUCGAAGGUUUUGCAAACAAAUCGCAACAAACAAACAAAAUCACGAGUUUCACCUGAGUGUAUCAGUGUGAGUUCGGAUGACGAUCUCGAAAUCGAGUCUACGUCUAAAAAAGAUGGCAACGAAGAUGAGGACGAGGAAAAAGAAAAGCGCGUGACGAGAAAACUGUUGCGACACGAUCAACUUGCUGAUGAUACUAAGCAGGCACAACGUGAAGAAGCUGAUCGGCUCAAACGAUUGGAUAAGAAAAAUGAACGAUUAACACAGUUCUUAGAAUCUCAACGCCAGUCGCAAAGUGAAACCGAAAAAUAUGUCGAUCCAAAUCAAGUAUGUUUGGAUGUCGACUCGAAAGAAAAUGUAGAAAUUGUUGUCCAUCCAGAAAUAACGAAACACUUGAAACCACAUCAAGUCGAAGGUAUCAAAUUUAUGUACGACUGUUGCUACGGAAGUGUUGACAACAUGGACAAAUAUUCUGGCUCGGGAUGCAUCUUGGCUCAUUGCAUGGGGCUAGGAAAAACACUUCAACUCAUCACACUUUUGCACACAGUAAUUUGUUAUACUCAACUCAAAACUGACAAAGUUCUUGUCAUUUGUCCAAAAAGCACGGUGAUGAAUUGGAAGGAGGAAAUUGAACGUUGGCUUGGCGCUAUUAAAAAAACUCGACGAUUGAAAGUCUUCUAUUUCCCGGAACAGUCUGACAUCAGUUCAAAACUGCAAACGUUGAGCGAGUGGAGCCAGUGUGGAAAAGAUGGCAAUAAACAGGCUGGAUGUUUGUUGUUGGGUUAUGAAGCCUUCCGAGUGCUGGUGUUCUAUCAUGCUUCCAAGAAGAGCCUGCAGAUGUACAGUACCAAUGAGUUGGAAAAAAUUCGCCAAAAGAUUCAUAAAUAUUUACUGGAUCCAGGCGCCGAUUUGGUUGUGUGCGAUGAGGGGCACAUGAUUAAAAAUCAAAAGUCCACAACAAGUGCAGCCGUUAACAAAAUCUCCACUAGACGACGCAUCGUACUCACCGGAACUCCCAUUCAAAAUAAUCUCAAAGAAUACUAUUCAAUGGUGAAUUUCAUAAAGCCAUCGUUCUUGGGAACAGAAAAAGAGUUUGCCAAUUUGUAUGUCAACCCUAUCAAAAGUGGUCAACACAAAGAUUCAUCCAAGAGUGAAAUCAAACACAUGAAACAGCGCUCUUUCGUGCUACACAAAAAACUCUCGAAAUUUGUUCAAAGAAAAGAAGCAGCUCUACUGAAAUCAUUCCUGCCAGAGAAGUAUGAAUUUGUUUUGUUCAUUCCGAUGACAAAAAUUCAGACGAAUCUGUAUGAAUUUUUCUUGGAAAACCGACCGAACCAAGAUCAAAAAGGAAAAAGUUUGAUUCCAGACUAUACUGUAUUGCGGAAGAUUUGGACGCAUCCGAAAGUAUUGGAAAAUGCAUAUUUGAAUGCAAUCCAAAAUAAGACCAAAGUAAAAUCAGCUAUACCAACAACGUCCACGACAACCACUGCAAAUAAUGAUAGCGAUGACGAUCAACCGGAUGAUGUGUUCGACAGUCAAACGGGACAAAUGUCAGUAACUUCAGAUUGGUGGCGACAACAUUUGACUAAAGAAGAUUUGGAGACCAUCUUACCAUCGAACAAGCUCAAAAUUUUGUUCGAAAUACUGGCCCGUUGUCGACGCAAUAAAGAAAAGUGUUUGAUAUUUUCGGCAUUCGUGGCUGUACUUGAUGUUGUAGAAUUUUUCAUGAAACUAAUCAACGACCAAGAGAAAGAUGGAAACAAACCUGGCCUUGAGACGUUCCGCGGUCCAUGGGAAAUUGGCAAAGACUAUUACCGAUUGGAUGGCAAAACAGCAAAGAACCAUCGUCACAACAUGAUUACCAACUUUAAUGAUCCCAAAAAUGAACGAACAAGAGCAUUUUUGAUUUCAGCAAAAGCUGGGGGUCAAGGUAUUAAUCUUAUUGGAGCCAAUCGGGUUGUUCUACUGGAUACGUCAUGGAAUCCGUCAAAUGACCAACAAAAUAUUUUCCGAGUAUUCCGUUUGGGACAAAAGAAAAUUUGUUACAUAUAUCGUCUGAUAUCGAUGGGCACCAUGGAGGAAAAGGUAUAUUCACGAUCCGUUACGAAGCAAGCAAUGAGUUGCCGUGUCGUUGACGAACAACAAUGCGAUCGUCACUAUAACAUGGCCGAAUUGACAGAACUCUACACCUUGACAAAACCGAACAUGAAGGAUCGACAAACGCCCAAUGUUCCGAAAGAUGAUUUGCUCGCGUCAUUGCUAAUGCAAUUUCCGCAAAUGGUGUACAAGUAUCACGAACAUGAUUCAUUACUUGAAAAUAAAGGAGAAGAAGAACUGAGCGAACAAGAGAAAAACGAUGCAUGGGCUGCGUACGAGGCAGAUGUUAAACGUAAGAAUGAAACGAAUAUGGGUCCAUAUAGUAAUAAUUUCGGCAUGUUACCAAACUAUCCUGGGCUUGGCACGUACGCGAAUUCUUUAUUUAAUAAUUACAACAAUUUGUCGGGCUUAAAUUAUCCGUAUAAUAUGUAUGGCUCGUACAAUCCAUAUGCAAAUGAUUUGAUGCGUUUCGAUAACUAUUCACAAUUUUAUAAUAAUCUAAUGAACGUAGCCGGUACGUCAAUGACUAAUUACAAUCAGGGCAAUCCGAGUUUAUUAUCGCCUUCACAUCAGUCGUCAUCCGCGUCGAGUCCGUCACCAAUUAUGAAUAGUUUUUCAUCAUCGUCGCGAAAUUGGAUGCAAUCAAAUGCAUCAUCGACAAACUACGCGAAUAAUCUAUUAUCGUCUUUGGCACAAACUUCAUCGUCAUCAAAGAGUAGCUAUUCGUCAUAUCUAAAUAGUUUGUAUAAUGCACUAGGCACCAACAAUCCGACGGCGUCAUCGUCAUCCGCUGCAAAUGCAUCGUCGUCGAAAACACCACCACUACCAAUUACCGGCACCGAUUACAACCAGAUGGCCUAUUUGCAAAAACAGCAAUUGUCACAUUUGUCCGCUACGAGCCCAAGCAGCAGCACAACAUCGAUGACAGUGAAUUCAAGUGCACAACAAGGACCCAAUGCCUUGCGAAAUCCAUUGCUCACAAAAGAACUAUCAAUUCCACGUAAUUUAACUAUGAGCAAUACAAAAGAGAUGUUCAGUACUACUAACAUACCAACAAGUGUCAUUACAAAAUCGGGAGAAAGAUCUACGCCAAGCGCCAGUUCAACGUCACCAAACCUUCAAAAUGAUGCAAGUAAAUCAAGUACGGACACAAAUAUUUCAUCAUCAAUUGAUAAGACGGACACUAGACCAACGAAAACUACCAGCGAACGUCAUUUGACCAUUAAAAAUGCGGCUACCAUAAAUGCUGAAGCACGCGGAUCACCCGAUACGACCGCAAAAAAUCAAGCGCAAAAUAAAUCCAUCAGCAAUGGUGUGAGUUCAACCGUCAGUUCAGCCAUUGACAGUGUACGGAAAACGAACAAUAAAUCUGCGACCAGCGGUAUGACGAUCUCUACCAAUAUGGGCAUUGUGUACCCAUCACAAAAACCUAUCAAUCAAUCUACUGCUUCAACAAGCAAAAACACAACGAAUUCAAUUUUAUUAUCGAAUACCAAGCCAAAAGAUAAAUCACCACAAAAUCCAAUCUCAGCAACAUCAUCCGUCAGCUCGAAGUCACAACCGUUAGCGGCAAUCAUUCGGAAGCAACCAAUUCAAUCGACUUCAUCGAAAUCUGUAGAUCCGACAAACGACGCUGUUGCCGCGAUUAACAAAAACAAAGCCUUAACGGUGACAGCACGAAAUAUAACACCGACAGCAGCAGCUGCAGCAAAACCCCCGGUUACUGGUGUUAACAAUAGUAUUACAUUAAGUCCGAUUCCGAAUAAUGUAUCGAAAUACUCGGGAAGUUCGAUGACAAUUACGCCGCAAGUGAAUCAGGUGAAAGUGCAUACGCCACAACAAAGUCGAACACUCAGCAAAUCGAACUCAUCGUCUCCAGUUCCGUUGGCAAUAACAAAGGUGACAUCGAAUCAUCCAAUCACAAAGUCACCGAUACCGAUGGUUGUGACCAAACCCAAUAUAUUGAGCUCACGCAAUUCAAACACAUCAAAGACACUUGUUUCCGUGCCAAAACUAUCAAAUGCAACCACAAUAAAUACAUCAGGAGUACGUAUUUUGAACAGUAAUCAAAGUUUAUCACCGAAAGCAGGACCACGACCGCCGGGAUUCAAGCCAAUUAUAGCACAAACUAAAUCACAAGCAGUUGCAGCAGCCUCAGCAUCGAUUGCAAAUAAAUCUGGAAUGCAAAUAAAAGAAGUAACAUCUCUCGCAGGACAGAAACCCGUUAAUCGUCCUAGCCCGCUUGAUACACGCAAGCGAUUAGCCAACGAUCCUAUUGCAUUGAGUCCAGCAAAAAAACCAAAGCCAAUGGCUAAGAGUUCAACGCCACCCGGAGUACGAAAACCAAGGAGCUCAUUGGCAGGCAUUCGAAUCAAUAUGCAAAGCCAAACCCAACAGGACAACUCACAAGUUCCGGUACCAGUCGAAAUCGUGGAGUUAGAGUGAGCCUCUGAGGCGACAAACAAAUUAAACGAAUUUACGCAAAGCGAUUUAGUUUAAAGUGAAAGAUAGAGAAAAUCGUGGUUUGUCAAUGACGCGUAUUUUAAAGAGGUGUUUUGCAUCUAGAAAACAUCACCAAGACUGAAAAUGGUUGAAUUUUAUCAAAUACUUACCAUCUGAAAAUGUAAUGCCAUUGAAUUUUCUCUCUCUACACACACACAGACGCACACGCGCAUACAUACAUAAUGUAUAUGCGUGGACAUUAAAUUAAAUACAGGACAUUUUGCAUUGGCAUUUUGUUAGUAGCCUAGAGACACUGUACUUUGGUGUUUAAUUUAAUCAUUGUAAAUUGAAACAUUUAGCCGAACUAACCGUAAAUGGUUCAUUUGAAAGCGCCAUAUAAACGAAGCGAAAAUUUGAUUUUUGCUACAUUUAUUGUUCA